AUGCCUGCUGGUUUGUCCUGUUCGCAGGAAUCACCCACAUGUUCGUGCCUGUCGUAUGUGGCAUUCUAUUCCCUGCAAGAUCGCAGUGCAUGUGACCAACAAGGCAUUGGAUCUGUCCAGGGUCACGUGUGGGUUCAGCUGCCCCAUAUCCCUCCAAAGGGAAACCCUUCUUGCCAGCAGGGUGAAGAGGAAGUGAUUGGAAUAGACACUGUUUUUUUCCAGAAGGUUCUGAGGCUCUUAGUACUGGAGACAGAAGAACAGCCGCCUUCACGCCCGCUCCCGCUGCUGCUAGCCGCGCUCUGCCUCGCUGCCUCCCAGGUGCCCGCGCGAGCCUGCCAGCUGCCAUCGGAGUGGAGACCCCUGAGCGAAGGCUGCCGCUCCGAGCUGGCCGAGACCCUCAUGUAUGCCAAGGUGCUGGCGCUGCAUUCCGAGGUGCCCGGCCUCUACAACUACCUGCCAUGGCAGUACCAAGCUGGAGAGGGAGGGCUCUUCUACUCCGCCCAGGUGGAGAUGCUGUGUGACCAGGCAUGGGGCAGUAUGCUCUGUGCCAAGUUCUUUGUUAUCCUUGUGCCUGUUGGAUCAAGACAGUUUCUGUCCUUUGUAAACCAGACUGUAUCUGGCCCAUCUCCAUUCGCCUCACCUAUGUCUCUGCUUUGACCCUUUCCCCUUAGGAUGGAUGAAAAUUACAAUCUCUUGCCGCACGGAGUCAAUUUCCAAGAUGCCAUCUUUCCAGACACACAGGAGAAUGGAAGGAUGUUUUCCGGCCUUUUCCAGUUUGCUAACUGUUCCCAAGGGCAGCAGCUGACAACUUUCUCGAGUGACUGGGAGAUCCAGGAAGACAACCGGAUCCUGGGCUCUCUGUGUGUAAACAUGAAGAAAGGAAUGGGGCUGAAGAGCCAGGAGCCAGGGGCUGGGAGCACCCCAGGCUGUUUCUUGCCACAUGGCUUUCCGAGGAGAACGUCUAAGCCUCCGAAGCAGAGCCCUGUGACAGCCCUGGCCUCCUCUUUGCUGAGCCUACUAUCUGGGCUUUCCAGAUCUUCUUGGACUGAUGCCUAAAACUCCCCUGCAGAGAAGCUCUCUUCGGGCUGAAACCUUACUUCAUCCCUCCAUGGAGGGUCCAAAGGAAGACCAGGACAGAGAGCCCACUCGGACUGUUCGCUCGCUGGUUUCAUAGUUGCAUCUGUCAAGGGACUCUGCUCUGAACAUCUCAGUCCGUGAGGGUGUCAGCUUAAGGGAGGGCCUUGUCACCAAAUGCAGUGUGACUGUGUUCCCUUGUUUUUUUCUUUCAAAUUUGAUACAAACUAGAGCCACUGGGAAGAGGGAGCCUCUGAUGAGGAAUUGACUGGCCUGUGGGCACGUGUGGGUACAUUUUCUUGACUGAGGAUUCGUGUGAGAGGGCCCAGACACCUGUGUGUGGUGCUGUCCCUGGGCCAUGUAAGAAAACAAUUGAGCAAACCACUAGGCAGUAUUGCCACCCAAUCUCUGCUUCAGUUCCUGCCGCCCUCUCCCCGGUUCCUGUCUUGGCUGUAACUUGUCAAAUAAACAUUUCCUUCCAAGGUUG